AUGGCAUCCGAGGCCGGCGCCGCGUCAUGGCACCCGGCGCUGAUGCCCAAUAGCGGCGACGACGAACACAAGCACGACCACCACGAAGAAGACGUACAUGACGACACGAUAGGACAGAGCGGCUCGAACAAUGGAGCCUUUCUCGACCAGCUCGACAACGAGAAGCAGGAUCCCGAGGCUGGAGCUUGGAAUCUCUCUUCAAAAGAGCCUACAGCAGAUGUCCCCACGAUAACCGAGGAACCCGCGGCCUCGAUAAACACGUCAAAACACGCCAGCAGAAUCUCGUUUGCUCGCACAGUGUCCCACGACAUCGACUUCAUCGACGAUGAGGACACCGAGUGGAAUCUGCAACGCACCGAGACCGACCCUUUCAAAUUCAUGCCUCCGAGCGACCGGACCAACUCGUUUCCCGUCGUCCCGUCAAGAGAGGCUGGCCCAUUUGAGUCGCCCGCAAGCCGGCCACGCGCGACCAGCCAGGCGCAGGAGAUCAUACAGGAUUUGGAGGAUGAGGAGGAGCACGAUGACUCGUUUACCCAAGCAGGAGCACCGACGUCCUCUGGGUUUGAAGCUGCAGCUCAAGAGGAGAGCGACCCGUCCUUCCGCCCUGCUGUUGGGGGGGAGGUGUCCGGUGCCGAUGCUGCCGGGGCUCGAUUCGAGGAGGGUCUUCCCCUGAUUGCACACGACGAGGAGGAGGAAGAAUCUGAAGAAGACGAGGAAGAUGCGCAACACAAGAAGCUUGGCGACUUUGGAAAUGCCUUUGGCGAAGAUGACGGGGCGGAGGGAGAUGACUUCUUCAGUCAGGUCCAGGGCUCAUCAGACCAGGUCACCUCUCCGCCAACGUUGCAGCGCAAAUCUACCACCAUGGCGAUUGGCGGCGUGACGGGGCCCGGCAAAGACGACAACGAACUGCCUAGCCCCAGUGAGGAAGGUCCGGCUCAAGAUCUGACCGAGCCCGCCAACAAUGACGAACAGAAGUCUGGAGUCGAGGGGACGGGCGAUCUUGAUGCUAAGUGGGCUGCUGCUUUCGGCGAUGACGACGACGAGGAGUUCCUGGUAGAGCCUGCGACCGAGACCAAGGAGCUCGAUCCUGCCGACAUCUUCGGAAGCGACGACGAAGGUUUCUUGGACGAUGAUGACGAUGCAGCUGCUGGCGCUCCUACCACUCCCCAAAUUGAGACUGCUCCAGCGCAACCAACUGGACCGAAUGGUCGGUACACACCAGCGGCUGGCGCGCAGCCGCAACGCCCGGCGAACCCAUAUGCUCCUCAAAACAUGGCAGCGCAAGUCCCAGCCCAGCAGCUCCCGGCGUUUGCGACCCUCGCGAGAGGGGCGUCGACACCUGCGGUCUCGAUGUUUGCCCCUGCGCCUCCAAGACCUGAGGUUCCCAAGGCGCAGAGCUUCGCUGACAAGGCCAAGGGAGGAUACCAGUCACCUUACGACCUCCCUAUGGAUGUUGUGAAGUCUCCCAAGAAGCGCUCGAGCAUGCAGCAGAUGUCGCGCCCAUCAACAAGCUCGUCCAUGGCACCCCCCACGGGUCUCCCAAGGAGCGCCAGCGGUCAGAGCCAGGCCGCGCCCAUGGCUCCUCCUCCUCGACCUGGAUCGGGCCAGUCUGUACACAGUCAGCAUCAAGGAAAUGCUCCGAAGCCACCAGCCUUGAAGCCCUCAUCUUCUGGAUUCUUCGAGGAUCUGCCGAUGGCGUCGCCGAAGUCUCGCCCGGCCUCAAGAACUAAUUACCGUCCUGCCGGCCAGCCCAGUCCGCAAGGCCCUCCUCAAGGGCCGCCACUGCCGUCUCCUCUAAGUGCCACAGGUCCCGAAGCUACAACAACACAGACACUGCCACAAAGACAGCCCAGUGGAGCACCGACGCUGGUCGCGCCCGAGCGUGUCAGUCCCUAUGCCGCUCUUUCCACGGGUUCUGAUACAAAACCUGCCGCUGUGCCUGCUGCGAGCAACCGAUACUCUCCUGCACAGACGAAUAUGCUCGGAGCUGCUAAUGGGGGUGUCGUGCCGCCAUCCGCCAUGAGCCGAUAUUCUCCAGCACCGCCUGGCUCUCGUGCUUCUAGUGGAGCCUAUGGAGCCGUUGCAUCUGGCAUCCCACCUCCGAUCCUGGCGGCUCACCAGCCAAGAACGUCGAGUCCUCUGGCUCAUUAUGAAAUUUCCCGGGACUUGGGGCGCAAUAGACUGCCCAGUCCCGCCCACAGCGACGCUGGUGGCGCUCCACUCGCGCGGACAAACUCCAACCAGUACGAGCCUCGCACGAACAGGAUACCUUCGCUUCCCGUUACUCAAGAGGUCGAAGAAGAGACUACCGCUACACAGGCCCCGCCUAUGCCUACAAAUAUGUCGCCCCAGCUGCGAUAUAGCAAUGUUGAGGCCAGACGCACCCCUCCGCCUGUAGGUCUCCAGCCAUCGAUGCUUUCGCCCCCAAAGCGGACGACGGCCAACUACACCCCGCAACUGGUAGCCUCGCCAGGCAAGGAUGCCAACUUCGUCCCCCCUGCGCGGUCCCAAGCUGGCUCACCUGGUCUCACACGCCAUGCUCAGAGGUCUUCUUCUGGGCACAGCAUAACGUCUCCACCUUUGGUGCAGAGCCCGCCGAUUACGCGUCCGAAUGUUCGAGCUCGUGGUUUGUCGCAACAUCUCAACCUUGUUCCCCCUACUGAUGGCCGCGAGAACGACCCUCUGCAGAGAUGGAGAGGCUCGCCAGUGUUUUCCUGGGGUGUGGGCGGCACGUACGUCACUUCUUUCCCCAAGGACAUUCCGCGUUACGGCAUCCAGUCGACUGUGCCACAGAUCACGCGCAGUCCAGGCGAGGUCAAGGUGAAGCACUCCAAGGACCUCCAGCCUCUGGACGAGCGGCUAUCCAAGUUCCCCGGACCUCUGAAGGGCAGAUCAAAGAAGAAGGAGACCGUGGCGUGGCUCGCUACUGCCAUCGAAGGACUAGAACAACAGCAGCCCAAAAACAGCUUCCAGCAUCAUGUAUCCCAUGAGGACAAGCGUGCCGAGGAGCGCAUACUGUUGUACAAGAUUCUGAAGCUGUUCAUCGAGAACGAUGGCGUACUUGAGGGCAACGCUAAUGUGGAUAAGGCGGUCAGGGACAUCAUCUCCCCCGGUGUGUCCGCGCCCGACAGCUCCGACGUGUCUGCUGGAGCCGAUCUAGGCAUGCUGACAUCAUCCAUGACGACAAUGCAAGCCGAUGCCGUCGACUCCACUGCGAUUGAGCAAAUUCGCACGUUCCUGCUGUCUGGAGAGCGUGAGAAGGCUGCUUGGUUGGCUGUUGAUCGGAGGCUCUGGGGACAUGCGCUGCUGUUGGCCAACACUGUGCAAACUGCGGAUCUCUACAAGAAGGUCGCUCAAGAGUUCAUCAAGAAGGAGGUCAACCACCCCGGCCUCGGCAACGAGUCUCUGGCCGCGCUUUACGGAGUGCUUUCUGGCAACUACGAGGAGUCUGUCGACGAGCUUGUGCCGUCACACGCACGUGCUGGCUUGCAGCUGAUGUCGACAUCACCCGCGGGUGCUGACUCGAAAGAUGCUCUUGCUGGAUUGGACAAGUGGCGUGAGACGCUCGGCCUGAUUUUGAGCAACCGGAGUCUGGCUGAUGUGCAGGCGCUGGGCUCGCUUGGCAAUCUUUUGUCCAGCUACGGUCGUGCCGAAGCAGCACACAUCUGCUACCUCUUCGCACGUCAACACGUGGUCUUUGGCGGACUGGACGACCCAAAUGCCCAUUUUGUACUUGUUGGAGCUGAUCACAAGCGUCAGGCUGACCAGUUUGCAAAGGAGACUGAGGCUUUGCUUCUCAGUGAAGUCUUUGAGUAUGGUCUCUCACUUGCUGGUGGCUCCACAACUUCACAAGGCUGCCCGCAUCUCGCUGCGUACAAGCUGCAGCACGCGCUCAUCCUCGCUCAGUACGGUUUCCGGGACAAGGCCUUGCAGUAUUGCGACUCGAUCUACAAUGCCAUGUCGGCGCAAACCAAGAGGUCCCCAUACUACCACGCUGGCCUCGAGACAGCAGUUGACGACUUGAUGAAACGUUUGAAGCAAGCGCCAAAGGAGGAGUCGUCGUCCUGGAUCACCAAGCCCACAUCAAGUGGGAUGUGGAACCGAUUCAACAAGUUUGUUGCUGGUGAUGACAACGAGACGGCUGGUGACGGCACCACGGGUGAUCUGGGAGCAGAAUCCGGGCCCUUCGCGAGGAUUGCUGGCGGUACACCAACCAUCAGUCGCUCCCCGUCCGUGAACAAUUUCGAGAUGUACGGAAGCAGUCCUGUUGCCACCACGAUGCCUAGCAUGGCGAUCUCUUCCACAAAGGCAGGCUCGCGGUAUGCGCCGGGGGCCCCCGCACAGCUCUCUACAUCGCCGUACGAGCCAUCUGCCAGCUUCGCAGGGGCUUCGCGGAGUUCAAGUGACAUGCCGCGCAGUCCGUAUGAGCCCUCGCGGCAGAGUAUAGACGGCGCGUAUGUAAACGGCAACCCAUACACACCGCAGACACCCAACUCAACCCACCAGCCUCCCUCGUCAUACGGUGGUCAAGAAUCUCCCUACGCCCCUGCUCAGCCAGUUGGGUCUGAAGCCCCUGCUGCAAACCCGUACGCAAGCUAUGGUGGCUAUGAGCCCACCCCGCAGAGUCAGCCAGCAUCUCAGCAACAACCAGAGACUGCGGCGGCGAGCACGGACUCUGGUUACCAGCCGCCUUCGUAUGGCUUUGAGCCACCUUCAAUGAACACCUACAGCCCCCCGACGCUGAACACAUUUGAUUCGACCGACAGCAAUGCCGUCGAGGGCGCCGCAACAGGCGGCUACGAGCCACCAUCGUAUCAGCCGUCGUCCUUUGAAGCGCCUUCAUACCAACCGGGACCUGAGGUAAAUGCGGAUGAUGCGGAUGAUGAGCAGCCCAAGCCUAAGAAGAAGAGCUUUAUGGACGACGACGACGACGACUUCCCGUCAAUGAAGCCGCGUGAGAAGACAAAGGCUGAGAAGGAUCGAGAAAAUGAGGAGCUCGUCCGCAAGGUUGCGGAGCAAGAAGCACAACAAGCAGCCGAGAAGGCCGCUGCCAAGAAGGGCGGUUGGGGCUUUGGCGGAUGGUUCGGUGGUGCCAAGAGGGAAGGCGCCGAGACGCCAAAGGCCAUCAAGGCCAAGCUCGGAGAGCAGAGCAGCUUUGUUUACGACCCCGAGCUCAAGCGCUGGGUCAACAAGAAGGCAGGCGCCGAGGAGACCACUGCCAAGGUUGCCACUCCGCCUCCGCCACGGGGCACACCACCGCCGCCAAAUGCUGCGAUGGCGCCCCCGCCUUCAGCAAGUGCGCCGCCCAUGGGCCCGCCCCGGAGCACCAGCACGCCAUCACCUGCUUUCGGCAGGAGCGCCUCCUCGUCCAGCCUCGCACCGCCGACAGGGAGCCCUGGACGCCCGGCACCGCUGCAGACCAGUGCUUCCGAGACUGCUGCCGGUGCUGGCCCGUCGCUCACGGCACCACCCGCACGCCCGGCUUCCAGACUGAGCAAUGCCAGCAGCAUUGAUGACCUUCUCGGUGCCGCGGGACCCCGCAAAGGCGGCAAGAAGCCCAGGAAGAGCGGGCGCUAUGUGGACGUGAUGGCCAAAUAG